AAUAAUACGGUAACACAACCAUCUCCAGUUUUCCCAGAAAAUUGUCUUGCGUUCUAUUAAACUCUAAUUGAUAUAAAACAUUUUUCACUAGUGUUUUCUUUCAAAUUGCUAAAAAAAUGUCAGUCGGUGAAAUACGAAUAUGUCGUGUAACACGAAAAAUACUUCAGUAUAGCCAAAUAUGGCCCUCUGAUAAUUAUGAAAUGAAUUCUGGCAAAUGGUACUAUUUCAGAGUCUUGACCUUAAUGUUGACAACAAGUGUUUGGUUUUUUUGCAUCAUUAUGCACAUAAUUAUGUCAACACGAAGUCAUCUUGAUUUACAUGUUAGCGAAGAUGUUGCGUACAUUGUUGUUUUUUGCGGUCUUUAUUACAUCACCUUCAACUAUGUUAAAAACCAACACAAAAUUGCAUUACUACUUCGGGAUUUAUCAAAUUUUGACAAAUUUGGAGUCCCACCUGGUUAUGAAAAUGUCGAAACGAAGUUGGGUUUCUAUUCGAAAUUUCUCUUCGCUUAUGUGACUGUAGCUGGAGUUGUUUAUAAUUUUAUGCGAUUUAUUGAGAAAGGAGAGUGUGAAAAUAUGACAGGGAAAGACUUUAAUGAAGUUUGUGGUUUAAUGUCACCACUUUGGAUACCGAUAAGUUUGAACAACAAUUCCCUAGUUUAUUGUGCCAUUUUUUUGUAUGUCUUGAUUUGCUCGCAGAUGGUUAUCAAAGUUGGUUUAAUGAUAUCGUAUCAUGCGACAGAAAUGGCACAUCAUAUUAUCUUAAGAAUCGAUCAUUUGAAAUUAAUGAUUGUGAAAUGUUUUGAUUUAGAGUAUAACGAACUUCAACGAAGAAAAUUGAGACAAUGUAUACUGUAUCACACAGAAAUACUUGAUUUUGCUUCGAGGUUAGAUGAAUGUUUUUCAACUGGAAUGUUCACACAUAUUUUCAUGACUGGAGCAAUUUUUGCAUGCAUUGAAAAACAGUUUAUUGAUAUUUUGCAAAGCGAGUCAAUUCCUGAGUCUAUUUGGUUUUCACAGUGGUAUAAAGCUGAUAAAGAACUACGUAAAGAUUUAUUAUUUAUGCUUAUGAGGUGUCAAAAAAGUUUAAAAAUUAGAGCUGGACCAUUUGGUGUUUUAUCGUAUCCACUUCUAGUGUCGGUGCUAAAAAUGUCCUACUCUAUGCUUUGUAUGCUUACGUCUUAAAUCUAGUUGCAAGUUUGGCUAAUAAAAAUUUAUCUGCACUAAUUAUACUUUAUUUCAAUGUAAUAAUUAAAACACAACAAAUA